AUGCCGCUCGAGAAGGCCAUGAUCUCAAGCUUUGAUCAACUGUCCUUGCAAGAGAGUGAACCUGUGUCGGCGAAGAAGGUCGCAGGUGCAGGUACAAGUACAGGUGCAGCUGCAGCUGCAGUGAAAAUAGUACCUUCCAGGCACUCAGUUACAAACACGUCGCACUCCGGUGAUGCAAGCUUCAAGUCAAAGCCUCAAGACACGCUGCUCGAGCUAGUCAAUACCCCCGACCGGGGCAUGGCAGUUUUCACCCGGCGCAAGAUCAAGGCCGGCACUACAGUCGUGGCGGAAAGACCUUUGAUCCUACUCGACAAGGACAAAGAGGCCGAUUGGGCCGCGAUCGAGCACGAGUUCGCCGCCCUCUCCCGCACGGACCAAAAAACGUACCUUCGCCUCUGGGACGCGCAGAAGUCACGCAUGUCCCGUGUCGUCUCGAUCUAUUACAGCAACUGCCACAACUGCGACGCAUUCAUCAAAGCGAGGACCAGCCAGCCAGCAGGCCAGAACGGCGAAGGACAAGGCGAAGGAGACGGCAGAGUCAAUAAUAAAGGAGGCGGUUCGGCCAUCGGCGCCUUCUGCAGCAGACUCAACCACAGCUGCGUGCCCAACGUGCAGUUCUCGUACGACCAAGCCAGCAACGAGAUGAGGUUCCGGGCCAUCCGCGACAUUCCGAAAGGGAAAGAAGUGUGCACCAACUACGACCGAGGUGUAUUUGAGGUCAAGGCGCACAGGCAGCAGAAACAGCUGAUCCACUACGGCUUCGUGUGUUCCUGUGACGCGUGCCAGCCGCCGACCGAGUUCUGGGCCAAGAGCGACGACCGGCGCAGGGCCAUGUAUGAGGCUUUUCGGACCGUGCAGGCAUGUGAGAAGCGGUUUGGGGGUGGCGGUAGCAGAAGCAGUGGGGGUGGCGGUAGCAGUGACGGUAGCAGUGGCGGUAGCAGAAGCAGUAACGGUCGCACUAUGAAGGAGAAGGAGUCUGUCGAGCGCCGAGCCGUCGUGAACCAGGCGCUGACUGCCCUGGCCAAGCUGGAGGCGCUGCUACUCAAAGAGGGACUCGUCGGCCUCCCGCUGGCGAACACCUACCGGAGCUUGGCGAAGUGGGCGGAGAGAAAGGGAGACGGAGACGGAGAUGGAGGCGUGGCUGCGGCGACGCAAUGGAAGCGAAAGGAGCUGGAGGUUUGUCUCGUCAUAUUUGGCGAGCAGGCUCGGAGGACCAGGGAGAUCGAGGACACGUUGAAACGAGCUGACUGA